ACUCUCCCACAUCAAGCAGAGUUGUCUAUGGUUGUUUAAGGAAAUUUCUGGAUAUGUCCUCCCCUCCACUCCCCAGAGCUCUUGCAGAUGCGAAUAGCUUUAUGUGACACCUUAUACCCCAAUCAGGAGUCCAUGGAUUUUGCUUUCCAGUUUCCUUCACCUUUAGGGCCAGGCAGAAGAAAUGGACAGCCUCCAUUGAUGAUAGAUGCAUCUUUUGUAGGGCAACGAGUGAGACAAGGGAUCACUUGUUCUUCUCCUGUCCUUAUACCAGCUGAUGUUGGAGAUCGUUUGUUGGGGUUUGCUAAGAUGAAGGCUUGUCCAAUGUCAUGGAGCCUUGCCUCAAAUUGGGGUUUAGAGAUAUUGUGUAUAAGAGGAAGAGACUGAGUAGACUUGCUGAUUUUUUGUAAUUAGAUUCUGGUAGCAGCCUGGAAAGCUAGUGCUACUUUGCAUAUGGAUUUUGGUAUUAUAGCACGAAAAUAAGAGUGAAUGAUUUUUUGCCAAGCAAUUCUAGAUUGGAGACUGGCCCAUAACUGGAUAUCAAGCAUGGCAUGAAAUGGGUUGAGUUGGGUCAACAGACAAAGUUGGAAUUUGCCCUUCAGAGAAUUUUAUACCUUUUGGCAGAAGGAACAUCUAAUUCUUGCCUUCUUGGAUUGAUGAGUCAAGGAAGGUACUUUACUCCAAUCCAUUUUUUUUACUUUUCUUCUUUUCCUAUAGAAAACAGGAAACUUCAAUCCCUGCCAGAAAGAGUGGAGCAAUAUAAUGUCCCAUAAAAU